AACGUCGCUGCCUGCUUGGAACAGUGUUGUUUUUCUUCCUCUGGAGCUAGGUUCGAUUCAAUCACUCAACUUACGGCCCGUUUAUGGCGGCUAUCGACAAAGUUCGUGUCCUCGUUGUAGGCGAUUCCGGCGUCGGCAAAACAUCGCUCACGCACCUGGUUGCCAACAACGAGCCGCUGACCUCGCCGGGCUGGACCGUGGGUUGCGGCGUCGAGGUCAAACUGCACGAGUACAAGGAGGGCACUCCGUCCCAAAAUUCGUUCUUCGUCGAGCUGUGGGACGUUGGUGGGUCAAUCAGCCACAAAAACACCCGCGGCGUGUUCUACCAGCCAACGAAUGGGAUAAUUUUGGUGCACGACUUGACGAAUAGGAAGAGCCACGAAAAUUUGCAACGGUGGCUGAUUGAAAUCCUGAACAAGGACGGCAAGGAUGUGUUGAAGGGCGGUGACGCGUUCGACAUUGAUCCGGAGCAGUUUCUGGGCUCGACCCAGUUUAAAAAUUCUCAGAUACCGAUUUUGGUUAUUGGAACGAAGCUGGACCUGCUGGACGAGGGCCACAAAGGCAAGAUUUUGAACAAGACGAGCGCCGGCAGCAUAGCGGAACAGUGCGGCGCAGACGAGAUUUGUUUAAAUUGCCACGAGGCGCGUAGUUUGGCCGCUGGAACGACCGACGCAGUCAAGUUGUCCCGGUUCUUCGAUAAGGUGAUCGAGCGGAAGUACUACAGCAGGGACACCGCACGAAAGUACGCGUAUGGACCAAACAUUCCAGCCUCGUACAACGCCUUUGGAGUAAUGCAAAGCAGUUCUAGCACAAUGACGACGACGACGACGAGUUCUUACAAUCCGCUGCAAUCGGAGUCCGUUUCUUAGGUGCAAUAAAAUUGUUGAUUUAGUGAUUUAAA